UAUUUUCAGAGACGCCGCCUGUAUCGCUGCUCAGGGUGGAGGCAAUAUGAACAAAUUAAUCUUCCCAGCUCGUAUCCUAAAGAGUUUAAGCACCAAUGCGGUGUUCUGGAGGAAGUGUGCAUCGCGUGAAGUGUGCAGGGCGAAAGGUGUGCCCGCAAUCUGUGCCCAUUUCACUCUGAGCUUAAACACCAUUGAGCAGAGGUCCAAAAGACAGCAGGUGCUAUCUGUGCUCCGGGAGAAGCCUCUUGUUAUAUUCGUAAGGCACAAAGGCUCAAGAAAGCGGAACAGGAAAAUGGUACAACAGGACCUGGAGGAGGAUGAGGAGAGUGACGAUCCUGAGAAAAGUGAUUAUGAGACUGAAUCGGAGGAAGAGAAGGACGAUGACACGCAGCCUAAACCUUACAAGGACCUCGAGAAAGUAGUGGCGUCUUUUAGGUUUGACCUCAUCAUGAAAGCUGGUCUGGACAUGGCCAGGAACAAAGUGGAAGAUGCCUUCUACGGCAACAAACUGAGGCUGAAUGGAGAAAGGUUGCAGAAAAAAAGUAAAGUGGUGAAGGUGGGUGAUGUCCUUGAUCUCAUUAUUGGGGAUAAUAAAGAAGAAGAAGUGGCCGUCGUGAUGAGGGUUGUGCUUCGAAACGUUGCUGAGGAAAUGACAGACACUGACAAAUACAGGGUAACUCUGAGACGCUGGAAAAGUCUAAAGCUACCCAGAGCAGAAGUGUUCAAGUAAGGCUGCCCUGCUCUCGGCCGUUCAUUUGUGAAGUGCGAGUCACCAGUUUCCAGAAUUGGGCGUGAAAACUAUUUUCUAAAAUGUCUCUGUGGCAACAUGAGGUGUUCAUGACUCUUUGCAUUUCUAUAAAUGUGCCCAGAGUCGUCAUGGAAAUGCAAUGUAAUGUGAGUUUUUUCAUUUUUGUUUACAACACUUCACGUGAGGAUCAUUCCCCAGAGCUUCCUGAGGGGAUAUACCAGUGUCAAGGAGCAAGCAGAGGAUUGUAGGGGCAGUCGAGAGCUGAAUGAAGGAAAAGGAGGUGUUGACAAAGACUCUGUGGAGAGAGCAAGGCAGGGUUUGUUACGGAAAUCAAGUCUGUAUGGGAAAUGAGUUCAAAAGUUCAGGGGGUUAAAAAAUGGAGAAGCAGCAAGGAUAACUAAGAAGGUACAAGAUUAGAGUCUGGGGAAACGCUCUCCCUGCAUUCUAGAACCCAGGAUUUUUGUAGACUUCGAUGAGAUCUCUUACUCCACUUAACUUGAAAUAAUACAAAUCUGACCUAAUUGCUCUCUCCACAUAUUGCAAACCAGCCAAACCCGGAACCAAUCUGAUGAUUCUUUGAAAUAUUCAAUUGGUAAUUACAUCUUUUUAUGGAAGGAGACUAAAACUGUACACAAUAUUCCUGAUGUGGUCUCAUUAGGAUUGCAAGAGAGUAUUCUUACUCAAAUCCUCCAAUAAUAAAGGGUUA